AUGCCUAUCCUGAAAACCCCAUCGGCACCCCCAGUAGCUACAAACUCUUACCAGCCACGAUUACCUCCUCCACCUCCACCUCUCCCCCACACCACAGGUCCACUGUUUGAGAACCAGCCCUUCACUGUUAGUUGGAACAUCCCUGAUCGGGUUUGUAACAAGCACAACAUCUUGCUGGACACCUCACCCUUUAAAGGAGUGGCCACACCUGCUAAGGUUCCAGGCCAGUUCCUGUCUCUGUUUUAUACAGAUCGACUGGGUCUUUACCCACACGUAGACCUUGCUAGUAAGAAGCAGUUCAAUGGUGGCAUUCCACAGGGAGGUAACCUGAAAGCCAGUCUGAACAAGGCCAGAGCAGAUAUUAACUACUACAUCCCAUCCAAGACAUCCCAGGGCUUAGCUGUGAUAGACUGGGAGGAAUGGCGCCCCCUGUGGGAUAGAAACUGGGGCACUAAAAGAGUAUACCAAAAAUUAUCUGUGACCCGCAUUAUGCAGGCAAAUCGCUCCCUCACAGUGCAGCAGGCCACAGAAAAAGCCAAACAACAGUUCCAGAUGGCAGCGAGAAAUCUCAUGUCAGGGAUGCUGGCAGUGGGAAGAGCUAUGAGACCUAACUAUCUCUGGGGCUUCUACCUGUUUCCUAACUGCUACAACUAUGGCUGGGAGAAGCCAGACUACACAGGCCGCUGCUCUAAGAAGGUGAGGAGGCAGAAUGAUGAGCUGCUCUGGUUGUGGGAGUCCAGCACUGCCCUCUUCCCAUCUGUUUACCUGCAGUUCUCUCUGGGGGACAGUGUCAAAGCCGCUCUGAUGGUCAGGAACCAAGUCCAGGAAGCUUUGAGGGUGUCUGCCUCGCCCAGUAGAACUGGCACUGCGCCUGUGUUCGUUUACACUCGACCUGUCUUCGUUGAUCGGAAUAGACGCUUCCUUAGUCAGGGGGAUCUGGUCAGCACCAUCGGGGAGAGUGCAGCAAUGGGAGCAUCUGGCACUGUGCUGUGGGGGGCCAGUGCAGACUAUGAUGACCAGACCUCUUGUACAGCCUUCUCAUCCUACCUCUCCUCCACCCUCAAUCCUUACAUCACCAACGUGACGGCAGCUGCCCAGCUCUGCAGCAACUUCCUGUGCCAGGGGAAUGGCCGCUGUGUCCGAAAAAACUACAACUCCAGCCACUACCUCCACCUAAACCCUGAGAAUUUCAAAGUCAUACAUGUGCAGAGCCGCUACCUUGUACUAGGGAGACCUACUUUCACAGACCUGAAGACUUUCAGUAAGAGGUUUACCUGUCAAUGCUACCAAGGACUGAACUGCACUCCCAGGACAUAUAGAGAGCUAGCUAAGGCCCUGAUAUUUAGUGUCCAACAAGGGUUGCAGCGAAAGGCUUACACUCUAAAUGAAGUUAAUGAAGCUGUGUUGGAUGAUACACAACAGGCCAGUAUUGCUAAGGGUAAUAUAGAAAUACUUUAA